CGUUCACGUACACUCGGCAAAUACAUCUCCACGCACGCAUAUACAGAUUUCUUCUCGUCAGAACAUGUACGUGUUCCACGCAUGUACACAACGCUUCUCUAGCAGAGCACGCGUCCGACAGAGAGCGACAGCGAAAGAAAGAUACUUAUCUGAUACAUGGUCGUCUGGGAAGACGCGACAAAGUCUGUUGGACCGGCAUGUGACGAGCAGAUGUCUUUUCGCUGUGAUGCCAAGAGGGAAAAACUCCCAAGCGAGUCCCGGCAAGCGUCACGUGGCGGGUUCGCCGACCCAGACCUUGAGGGCAAUACAGUGUGUGCUGCUGAGCCUUCACUUUGGUUUCCGCACCAGAAACAGCUUUCUGUUCAAGGAAGUGCGUAAAAGACCCCACGGAUGAAGCGACCGGAGGGAAACCGUACUCAGGAGGAUAACCCACCCUGCAGAUUUCUCUGUCUGAGGCCACACACGCGUCACCCCGGGAACAGCCUUCACCCGUCCAAGGCGUAAACACAGAACGUGGAGGGAAGAGUUUCGACGUUUCGAAUCUGUUGAGGCCGGAGGAAAAGCGCCCAUUAGGUGCGCCUCUUCGUCUCUCUCCCUGAAUCACUCGAGAGACGGCCGCCACGCGAAGAAAAGCCACGGGCAACAAAAAAAAUGACGGAGGAAGAUGCAGGCAGGCGGGACCUGGAGGCGACGAUCGCCUCCAUGAGACUGUAUGGGGCUAGCGCGGGAAGAAAAAUCGCGAAAAUGGAGAGAGCGUUCUGGGCGCUGGAACCGUCCGAGUCGCUGCUUCUGACCCGAGCCGAAGAAUGCUCGACGGUCGCAGAAAAGCAACAAGAAUCGGAAAUGGCUGUGGGAGACACGGGGGCGACGCGUCGCCCAGCAGAAAGCGGAAGGAAGGAACAAGAAGAACUGGAGAGUCAGAAGCCGCCGGACACCGGCGCCGGAGAAGGCAGCAACGGCACCGAGACAGGAGGCGCGGGUGACGCCAGCAGAAAAGAGAGACGUCCUGGGAGUUCUGAACGUGGGGACUUGGGCGACCGGGAUGGGGAACAGACGGGAGACAGGAUACAGAAGGACCUCGGCGCUGGUUUAGAGAUUCAGGCAGGAGGCGAAAAAGGAACAGCUUCGCGGGGAAGAGAAGCUGCCGAGGCAAACAGCGAAGGUAGACUGCGAAAAGAGACUAAACGGGAUCUUUCGGGUUGCUCCAGAGAAGGAACAGACCACGAGGUUGCGCUGUCUGCGCACUACGCCCGUAUCUCUGCCCUUCUUAAGAAACUGUCUCCUGUCCGUGCCGCGGUAGCGGCAAACCAGCGGUUCCUCAACGACCUAGUUGACUCGUUCUUCCAGACGUCCCCUCUCCGCGGAGAAAGAUAUACCAUGCUUCGACAGUCUCCACGUCUUUCUCAGGUCCCUGAGGUGUACGUUUUCAACACGGAGAGCCUGCUGAGGCAAGUUGCGAGGGAGUGGAGCACGGAAGGAGGAGAAGAGCGGCGUACCUCAUUCGACCCUCUGCUGGACGCCCUUGAAAAGUUUCUGCCGUGCAAAGACAACGACUCCCACGGACACACGAGGCAGCAUCGGACUGCUUCACGGCCGCGAGUCCUCGUGCCGGGCUGCGGGACAGGGCGUCUACCCUUUGAGAUCGCUCAACGAGGUUACUGGUGCGAGGCCAAUGAAGCUUCCUACCAUAUGUUCGUCGCACUGAACUUCUUCUUCAAUACAUGUGCAGAACAGCAUUCCAAGGUUAUCUUUCCGUACUGCCUUGGUGCCUCUAACCGGGCUCAUGCUGUGGACAAUGUGCAAGGCAUCGCAGUCCCAGACAUCGUUCCGCGUCUGGUAUCGGAAGGCCACAUUCAACUGCGGUUCGGCGAUUUCUUUGAGGUUUACUCUGAUCAUAGAUGCGGUUGGGACGGCGUGGUGACCUGCUUUUUCUUGGAUGCCACUCGAAGCGUUCUAAAAUGUAUCGACACAGUGAUGAAACUGCUUCGACAAGGUGUGUGGAUCUGCGUGGGCCCUGCGUUGUACCACUUUGCGGACGACCCGACGGAUCCUGCCCUUCAGCUCGCGUGGGAUGAAAUUCUCGCGUCGGUAAAAGUCGGCUUCCAGCUCGUUGAGGAGAGAUGGACUAAUCCGGCGUACGCUAGUGACUCUAACUCCUUGUUGCAAACCACCUAUAGAUGCAAGUUCUUCGUGGGCAUCCGGCGAUAGAGGCGACACGCGAGGCCGGCCGCGGCAAUGUGAAGUAAUUCACGAAGGGAAGCGAAAAGUGGGUUGAGAAAAAACAGGGGACAGAGAGCAGAAGGGCCAGAAGGGGGAAACGAGAGCAGAAACUAUGACUGUGGCCACUCUUCACAGGGUUUCUUUUUCGUAUCGGUUCACCUCCCGUCUUGUUACCUGUUAGUUCGCUCGGGUAGUUGUCCCCGAUUCUCGGCCACAUGAGGCCCUUCCCAGCUGUCGUUUCCUGACAUUCAUCCGGAAGCCGUUGAGGGCCCUGAUUUAUAGGGCUUACGGCUUUGAAAGGGUAAUACACAUGGAAAGAGCCACACACCGC